UAUAUGUAUUUAUAGAAAAUCAUUAGUAUAUUAUUUAAAGCUAUGUCUAUUGGUCUAUGGACAUUUUUGGGGUCAGUAUUAUGUGUGUUAAAGAUCAAUGGACUUUUGAUGAAUGUUACAAGAGGAUAUCGGGACUCAAUAUACACAAACAUUCAACAGAUACCAACUACUGCCCGUAUUGGUUUGAUAUGUGAUGAUGGAGCUAGGUUUUGCAGGUGUAAAAAAAAUACAAAUUAUGUCCGCGGUAAAUGUGUUAAGGAUCAUGAAAUAGUCGAAGACAGAUCCAGUUGCUAUCGUUUUGCUGAUGGAAAGUUCAUUAAACUCAUCAACACUACACGAUGUGCCGCCCAUCAUGAUAGAUGUAAUCUUGAAAUAAAAAUACAGGCUCCAAUUAAUGCUGAGCACACAAAAUGUCGACUGGUUUGGGAAACGUCUGCCGUUAGUAUCAGCGGUUUCGAGUGGCGUUCUUUUCAUGGGGAAGUAGUACCAGGAAUUCAACUGAACACCACAGUUUAUCCACCAACGUUACAGAUCAUCAAUGUACGUGAUUUCCUAUCCAAAUGGAAAGGUCACUUGAUCAGAUUUGAUAUAGAGUGUAGGAAUGAUAAUGGAAGUUCAGAACAUAAUUGUACACUAUUCAAGGUUGAAGGAACAGCAACCGAGGAAAUUCCAGAUCAAACAGCGAAUACUCCAUCUACAAUAUCAACGCUAAGUAUGAUGUCAUCGUCUCCGUCAUCAUUUCAUUCGGAGAAGCUAACAACUCCAUCGCAAAAACUAUCUUCAACGGAAAUAUCACCUUCAGAAAGGGACAGUCAAGAUGAAAACGAUGACGAUGAAAGCUCUCCCAUUUUAAUUCCUAUCAUCAUUUCAGCUUCCAUCUUGUUUUGUUUAUUGUUAGCAGCGACGGUGAUAAUAAUUGUUUGCAAACGACAACAAAAGAAGUUUGAAGGCGAAAACCAAAACGAAGAACAUAUUUACGAAGAAGCUCAUCCUGUAGAUAAAGGACCAGUAUCUCCUAUCUACAUGGACAUAGACAAUCUGACAAGAAGCAAGAGCAAGAAGAGAAACAGCAGCCGAAAGGCAAAUGGCAGUCAAACCUACGAUGAACCAAAAAAUCCCUUUUACCACACCCUGGAGAGAACAACAACAGAUCGUACGAAUGAUAAUAAUGGCAUUUAUGAAGAAAUAGACGAUAUACUAAAGUCACCUAGUCCUAAAUCAAAACCAAAGCAAUUUGAAGAAGAAAUGGAUGUUUAAUGGAUGUUUAAUUGGGACAUGUCUUACAUCAUGCUCAAACUACGGGUCGCUAUAAUAGACACUUUAAAUGAAGUGGAUUGCACGUUUUACUUUAACUUUACUUUAAACUAUGCUAAAAGAAGAAAAAAUCUUUCUUAAAAAC